AUUAUAGGAUACAUGUUAGAGGAGUCAUUGGUCUCAGCGCUUUCAGUUAGUCAAAAUAAGAUUUUGUUCAUACAUUCAGAUCUGAAUUGGAGAACUCUUUUGGACACAUGGGAAUACACUUGGGAGAGAUUGGUAUUGUUUUCUUUCCUUGCUUUCUCUGGUUAAGUUUAUUCUUAAGCUGUGGCUAUGGAGAUAUAACUAUUUCAAGUCCUUUGACAUCGAGACAAACUCUGAGUUCCCCUGGUGGCUUUUAUGAGUUAGGAUUCUUCAGUCCUAGCAACUCUCAGAAUCAGUAUGUCGGGAUCUGGUUCAAGAAAAUUACACCACGGGUGGUUGUGUGGGUGGCUAACAGAGAAAAGCCGAUCACAAACCCCGUGGCAAAUCUUACUAUCAGCAGAAAUGGGAGUCUUAUUUUGCUGGACAGUAGUAAAAAUGUUGUUUGGUCAACCAGAAAACUUUCCACAUCUAACAAUUGUCAUGCAAAGCUCUUAGAUACCGGAAAUCUUGUCAUCAUCGAUGAUGCUUCAGGAAAUCUUUUGUGGCAAAGUUUCGAGAAUCCUGGUGAUACUAUGCUGCCUUACUCUUCGCUGAUGUACAACCUUGCCACUGGGGAGAAGCGAGUAUUGUCUUCGUGGAAAAGCCACACUGAUCCAUCCCCUGGUGAUUUUGUAGUUCAGCUAACGCCACAAGUGCCAGCACAGAUCGUUACUAUGAGAGACUCGGCAGUUUAUAAGAGAAGCGGUCCAUGGGCUAAGACUGGGUUCACUGGCGUACCACUAAUGGAUGAAUCAUACACAAGUCCAUUCAGCCUUUCCCAAGAUGUAGGAAAUGGAACAGGGCGCUUCUCUUAUUUACAGAGAAAUUCUGAAUUUACACGAGUUAUCAUAACAUCAGAGGGAUAUCUAAAGACUUUUCGGUACAAUGGGACAGGCUGGGUUUUGGACUUUGUGACUCCAGCGAAUUCAUGUGAUCUGUAUGGUGCAUGUGGACCUUUUGGGUUGUGUGAGACGUCCAUGCCCACAAAAUGUAAAUGCAUGAAAGGGUUUGUACCAAAAUACAAGGAGGAGUGGAAGCGCGGGAACAUGACUUCUGGAUGUAUGAGACGUACAGAAUUAUCUUGUCAGGCAAACUUAUCUACAAAGACACAAGGAAAAGGUGUAGACGUCUUCUAUCGUCUGGCCAAUGUAAAGCCUCCAGAUCUCUACGAAUAUGCAAGCUUUGUGGAUGCAGAUCAAUGCCACCAGGGUUGUCUCAGCAAUUGCUCGUGCACUGCCUUUGCGUAUAUUACUGGAAUUGGUUGUUUGCUUUGGAAUCAGGAGCUAAUAGACACAGUUAGAUAUUCCAUUGGAGGAGAGUUUCUGUCCAUUCGUCUUGCAAGUUCAGAACUGGCUGGAAGCAGGAGAACCAAGAUUAUUGCUGGUAGUAUCAGCCUUUCCAUUUUUGUGAUUUUGGCCUUUGCCUCAUAUAAGUACUGGAGAUACAGAGAAAAACAAAAUGAUUCAUGGAAAAAUGGUUUGGAACCACAAGAAAUUUCAGGUUUAACAUUCUUUGAGAUGAAUACCAUACGAGCUGCUACCAAUAACUUCAAUGUCUCAAACAAACUCGGUCAAGGCGGAUUUGGUCCAGUUUAUAGGGGAAAACUGUCAGACAAGAAGGAAAUCGCCGUUAAACGCCUUUCUAGUAGCUCUGGACAGGGUACAGAAGAGUUCAUGAAUGAAAUAAAACUCAUCUCGAAACUGCAACACAGAAACUUAGUUCGACUUUUGGGAUACUGCAUUGAUGGAGAAGAAAAGCUACUAAUUUAUGAGUUUCUGGUGAACAAAAGCCUCGACUCUUUUCUCUUUGAUUUGACGCUAAAGCUUCAGAUUGAUUGGCCUAAGAGGUUCAACAUCAUUCAAGGUGUUGCGCGUGGGCUUCUCUAUCUCCAUCGUGACUCAUGCCUGAGGGUCAUACACCGAGAUCUGAAAGUCAGCAACAUUCUCUUGGACGAAAACAUGAACCCAAAGAUAUCAGAUUUCGGACUGGCUCGGAUGUUUCAAGGAACCCAACAUCAAGACAACACUCGUAAAGUUGUUGGAACUCUAGGAUACAUGUCUCCUGAGUAUGCAUGGACAGGGAUGUUCUCAGAGAAGUCCGACAUCUAUGCUUUCGGAGUUUUGCAACUAGAAAUCAUAAGCGGGAAGAAAAUUUCAAGCUUUAGCUGUGGAGAGGAAGGCAAAACCCUUCUUGAAUAUGCAUGGGAAUGUUGGCUCAAGACCGGUGGAGUGGAUCUAUUGGAUCAAGAUAUAAGCAGCUCGUGUUCACCAGUUGAAGUCGCUCGAUGUGUUCAGAUUGGACUACUCUGCAUCCAACAGCAAGCUAUUGACAGACCAAACAUAGCACAAGUAGUGACCAUGAUGACAAGUGCAACAGAUCUUCCGAGACCAAAAAAACCAGUGUUUGCGUUGCAGAUUCAAGAUGAAGAGAGUGCUGUCUCAGUCUCAAAGUCUGUGAAUCAUAUUACACAGACUGAAAUAUAUGGGCGAUAAACUUUCCCCUGUGUAUCAAUGGAGUGUGACACUUAAUUUUAAACUAUAGAUGACUGGUUUUUUUCUUUCUCAUGAAUCAGAAAAGCGGUCCUCAUUAAAACCGAACUUUAUUUUGAUUCGGUUUGUAAAAUUGUGGUUUCUGUUGCUUCAGUUUAAAUUCGUAAAUAAUCAAUACAAGGUGCUGCCAAUCUA